AUCGUUCUUGUGUGAUAUAACCCUAAAGUUUAAUUUGAAGUCGUUGGUAUAUAUAUUGGUCAAAGCAAGACGUGUUUUUUCAUUCAUCAGCUUUCCCUGUAUCUUUCUCACAUUCAUUCACCGAAUCUUAAUUCUAUUUUCCUAACAGUCAUUCUUUCAACCUUGUUUAUUCCAUCAUGCAUUUAAAUCAAUCGAUUAUUUCGGCAUCUUUUCUCGCCGCGGCCGCACUUGCAGCUCCCUUGGAUGCUCGCGGUAGUUCCACCUCACCAGCCAACGCAAAAGUUACCCUAGCAGCAGCAUUCACUUCUGGCGCCGGCAACAAAGAGCCAAACUCUACCACCAGCAUCGGUGUUGGUAAAGGCGCAGAUACUUACAAGUGCUACUCGGGUGGCUGGCAAUCUUUCCCAUCAUCUUCUGAAUGGGUGUCAUUUGAUGCCAUGUGGAACAGUUCCACUACAUAUCUCAAAGAAUCAUGUGCCAAUACUGGUGCCUUUGGCUCUGGUGACAGCCCGGCACAGAUCGAUAACAUGUACAACUCAAUCUUGUCGGUUGCUAGUGCUAGUUUGGUGGACCCAAGAUUCAUCUACGCCACAAUUUUGCAAGAAAGCAGCGGUUGUGUCAACAUCGAUACUAGCCAGAACCCAGAUCCAAGUCAACCUGACAACCCCGGACUCAUGCAAUCCGUCGGCGGUGUAAAAUUUGUCGGUAACUCCGCAUCUGCUUCCGCUCAAGCUGCAUCUAUUCGCCAAAUGAUCGUUGAUGGUACUCAAGGCACAUCUCAAGGCGACGGACUUGUUCAAUGUAUCAAUCAGUAUGGAAACAUUUAUGAAGCAGCUAGAUGUUACAAUUCUGGCCAGGUCAACAAGAGCAAUCUGAAUGAUGCUGAGGGAGCUACACCAAGUUAUGUUACCGAUAUUGCAAACAGAAUGACUGGGUGGCUGGAUGCGCCACAGAAGUUCGGCUCUUGCAAGAAAUAGACUCCAUGGUGCAGUAUGUAGAUACGGGGUAGACGGAGAUCUGUGGAGUGCCUUUGGCGAGGUGUUUCGGGGCAAAUGAGCAAGGAGCUAGGUCUCGCUCGCGGAGAUGUAGUUUGUGGUUCGCAGUUUCUGUGUUCUUGGAGCUGGAGAACUUCACAAUGUCAUAAUUUGAGUUACAGGAUAUGUGAUAGUCCGGACUGUAGUCCAGGAAUUUAUAACUCUGGAAUAUUCAAUCUAAUUCUUGAUGUUUUAGCUAUUUCAGACAUUGACAUAAUUAUCGUUGUUGAAUUCA